AGCCGCCGUCGCUCCUGCGUGUCCUUUAACAUCCCCGCGCUCUCCAGCUGGAGACAGUCGCGGCGCGCGCCACACCAGGAGCGCAUCAGAGCCUCGUCGUUUCUCUCUUUUCUUUUUACGCAACUCGUUAGGGGAUCAUGAGGGGAAACAUUUCAACUAUCGAAACCAGUAAGGCACGGUUAUGAGGAAUACCUUGACGUGAGGAGAUAAACAGACAUAAACUCGGAAGAAGUGCCGCAUAUUUUCUGACCAAUGCGAUUCAACCCAGCCACAGGUGGGAUGCCGUAAUCAGCUUAGGCAGAUCAUGGAGCCGUGGAUGUUCCCAUCAUCUCUGCCGAACCUAUCCGAGCACCUCAUGUAUGACAGCUUCAUGCAGGGGAAUGAGUCCAUCAUCAAUGGGAGCUAUACAGACCACAGCUUUAACCAAACCAGCACAGUGGUCAUCACCUGUAUUUACUUCCUGGUUUGUGCUGUGGGUCUUUGUGGAAAUGCCCUUGUCAUCUAUGUCAUCCUGCGCUAUGCCAAGAUGAAGACAGUCACCAACAUCUACAUCCUCAAUCUGGCAGUGGCAGACGUGCUAUUUAUGCUUGGUCUGCCAUUCAUUGCUAUUCAGUUGGCUCUGGUUCAUUGGCCCUUUGGACCCGUGCUCUGCAGGGUCGUUAUGACUGUGGAUUCCCUGAACCAGUUCACUUCCAUCUUCUGCCUGAUGGUGAUGAGCAUCGACCGUUACUUGGCAGUGGUACAUCCUAUAAAGUCCACCAAGUGGCGGAAACCGCGCAUUGCCAAGACUAUUAAUUUAGCCGUUUGGGGGGUUUCCCUGCUGGUCAAUCUGCCAAUUGUUAUCUAUAGUGGUGUGAUUACAAAGCACAAUGGUUGCUUCUGCACAAUUGUCUGGCCAGAACCUCAAGAGACCUACUACACAGUCUUCAUGUUUUACACCUUCAUUCUAGGUUUCUUUCUCCCCCUUUUGGUCAUUUGUCUCUGCUACCUACUCAUCAUAAUUAAGGUGAAGUCUUCAGGCAUCCGAGUAGGCUCUUCCAAAAGGAAGCGAUCAGAACGAAGGGUCACUCGAAUGGUUUCCAUCGUAGUGGCUGUGUUUGUAUUUUGUUGGCUGCCUUUCUAUGUUUUCAAUGUGACCUCUGUGACAGGCAGCAUCAGCACCACACCCAUCCUGAGGAGCACCUUUGCCUUUGUUGUGGUUCUAGGAUACGCAAACAGCUGUGCCAACCCUAUCCUCUAUGCCUUUCUAUCAGAGAACUUUAAGAAGAGUUUCCAGAAUGUUCUGUGCCUUAAAAAGGUCGGAGGGCUAGAUGAGGUUGAGCGAAGUGACAGCCGGCAGGACAAAUCUCGGAUGAUGAACGACCCAACAGAGACACAGAGUACUUUGCUCAAUGGCGACCUGCAGACCAGCAUCUAAGAGGAAAUCGUAAUAGACUUUACCAACCUCUGCAAGGUGUCUCCAAAAAAAGCCCCAGAACUUAGAAGGAAAAGGCAGCAUGUCAAAACCGCUAUUCCUGUGUUUUUGUUGGAUUUUUUAGUGAUUCCAAAAAAAUAAAUCACAGGUUUAUUUAAAUGUCAUCAGUAGGCUUUAAGCCAAAUGUGAUUGACAACUGUGAUUACUUUAUGUAGACCUGAGGGAACAUAACAAAUCACACCCACUUGCAAAUGGUCUCCUGGGUGACGUAAAUUUCCCUGGAGACUCAGGAUUAUAUAUGUUGUUUACAACAUGCCCUGCAUUAGAUUUCCUACCAGUGUUUGAAACAACACGGGUAUAACGAAACUUGCAGUUGUUUUAGCUGGUUGUGAUUUUUUUGGGGGAAGUAAAAUAUUUUUGUAAAUAAUUGUGUAUCUGGACGCAAAGAUUGUAUAUAAAACAGAAUCUAUGAUGUACAUAUUUCAAAAAACUCAAUUAUGUUCAAAUAUAAAUUAUCCCUCUGUAGCAGAAUGUAAUGAGCUUCAACGCUCUUGUGUUUUUCCUUUGAAGUGUGGAUAUUCUUAUUUAUUGGAGCAGUUUACUUGUGAUAAAUAUCUAUAUAAAUGUAGGUAACAUUUGGCUCCGUGGCAAUAGUGCGUUAAAGUUGUAGCUCCAGUAACCUACAGCACAGUGUUAAACAGGAAAAAAUAUUCUUGCUGAUGUUCAUCACUCUAAAUGUAUGUGGGAUAGUGUUUUGCAUUACUGCUUAUGUAUAAUUCAAUUGAUUAAUGUACAGUUUGACCAUGUAAAUUACGUCUCUUUGAAAAAAAAAAUGUUGGAUUAUGUGACUCUACAUUAUUCAGUAUGAAUCCUGGGUUGUUGUGUGUUUGUGUUAUGUCAGCACAUGAAACCUGUCCAUAUAAUGUUUCAUGAAUGAUGACUGUACUCGUCUUCGCUGUGGACCCAUCUGUCAGGAGCUGCUUGAGCUUCAAAGAUUGCUGUGCCCUAUUUUCUAUGUGUUUUCUGCAAAGUCAAAAGAAAAAAAAACUCAACUUGCUUUGACCCACUCAAGAAAAAACUAAUAUAAUUUAAAUUUCUUGUGCCGUUUGAGAGGGAGCAAUUGUUAGUGUAACAACCUCUCUAUCACAGGCUGAGUGAGUGAUGUGGAUUUGUGAAGGGCUAGAACACUUAUCCUUAAGAGGUUAUAGUGUUCCUUUAUCACCACCACUAUCGUCUUAGUAUUAAUUUGCAGCUGAAAACACACAUCAACCUCACAACCUGCCUAACUUAACAGUAAAAUUGCUUUUCCGCCAGAUGUAGGAUUUCCAUCUCAUAGUUUCCAAAUAGAUGGGUUGUGAACGUAUCUGUAUCACACCUGUUUUGCUAUUAUGUGUAACUUAUAUAGUGAGGAUUAAAUCUUAAAAGUUAUAUGUGCAUACUUCUUCUUUUGUAAAAGACAAUUCAUGAGCCUCAUAGCAAGAAAUGUAUAAUUUAAUUUCAGUAUUGUCCAAAAAAGUGAGUUGCUUACUAAUUAGAGCUAAUAAGCAGAUUUACUUACUCCUUUCAAGCGGUGCUGUAUAAUAAACUAUUUUCUACUGCUUUGUACAGCACAAGAAAUCACACGAUGCCGUUAAAGUAUUUUUCAGAGGCUAAACGCUACAUUAAUCGGUGAAUCAUAAUACACUGUGGCUGAAAAACCAACAGAGCACCAACACCAAAGCAAGAUUGUACAACUAAAAUAACGUGUUUUAAAUGUUUCAUUUCAAAUGUUCAAAUUCCCUAGCCUAAGAAAGAAAUUGUAUAAUUAAAUAAAAAUGUAUAUUGAAAAACUUCGGGAAUUAACAUGGUUCAUUUCCAAAAAGAAAAGAAAACCCCAUUAAGUGACAGCUGCUGGAACUGGAUAUAGUCAUCAGGGUUUGGAGACUUAUUUUAGUUUCCAAACCACGCAAGUUUUAUUUACAAGGGGAGUGGUGGUUAGGGCAUAGAGCUUGGAAUCCUGAGGUUGUGAGUUCAAAACCCACUCCCACAGACUACCACUCUGGUUCUCUGAGCAAGAUCCUAACUCCAUUCUGCUCUCUGGGUGCUGCAAAUGGUAGUCCACUGCUCCCCGAUGGGAUGGGUUAAAUGCAGAGUGUGAAUUUCGUUGCUCUGUACAUGUAACAGUGUAAUGACAAUAAAAAGUUCUGGGGAAAAAAAUUCUAACAUUCGAUGGAAGCCUCAAACAAUUAUUUUCUAGAAGUUUAUGUUUUUUCUUAAAAUCUCCUCAUCCAUACACAAAAAGUUUCCAAAUAUUACACUAAAUAUACCUGGUCUGUGUAAGGUAAUACUAUAAGUGAAAUAUUCAUAAUAACGAGGCAGGAUAGCGCAAACACCUAAAAUUUGCUG